AUGCCACCGUUCAAGGACGUGAACAGUGGAUUACAGCCUGACAUGGACUGGUGGAAGCAGGCCGUUGCUGAUGCAAUCGCUGAGGACCAGGCAAACCAUCAUGGACAACUUCAGCCCUUACAACGGCAAGACAACGGCAAGACUCUCUCCAACGGCUCGGGCUCUCAAGCCGACGCCGGACCCCAAGGUGCACUGGGACUUGCGGGUAAUGGGCUUGCAAUGGCUCCUCCCAACGGACAAGCGGGUGGUGACAUAAGUAAUACGUACACGGCAGACUCUGCCCGCCAGAAGUUGUGGAUGGGCGAGCUUGAUGGACGGAUGGAUGAGGGUUUCACCCAGCGCAGAAACGCCGCCCGUCAAACACCAGCUACUGCACGUCCUUCACAGCCAAGAUGCAUGCAAUUUGAGGACAGUGCUGCCGUCGUCUCUGCCAGCACUUCCUUUGGACCUGCGACCAGCAACUUCCGACCUCGCAGAUUUACCAAGGCAGAUGGUACCACGAUGCUUCGUCAUAACCGGGAGGCGAGGCGCAAGCAACAUGGCUCGGGUCUGCAUGCCGUUCAACCUCACAAGAAGAUGAAGACGGAUGAUACCGAGCCAUCUGAGCAAGCACAUAUCACCAAGGGGAAGCAGCCCAAUUACGGCCUGCUAGACACGAUUAACAGCCCCCAACACAUCAAGGACACCGAAGCAGAUGAUAUCGACGCUCGAGACGUCGCGACAGGCUACUCUGCUCCUGCCCUUCCGUCUACCCAUUCACCCACCUCGAUCGAUCUCGAGGCCAUCGAGCGCAAGAACCGCACCAAGUCACCCAGUUUCGCUUUCAAAGAAGAACGGGAAAAGCUUGAAAUACCGUUCACCUACCCGCAGGACCUCUUCGUCGCCCUGGACAAGGCCUACGCGGUACAACGGCGUAAGCCGCUCGCCACCUCCAUGGGCGAGUGCGAGACCCAUCCGCCUACCAUAUACAUCACCGUCCAAGAGCAGAACUACAAGCGUCCUUCUUUCGAUAUGCAGAUGUGCGUCGUCAACCUCCAACUCGCUAACGAGAGCGCCCUCGACGCGUUCCGCAGGAAGUACGACCCCGAGGCGUUCCCCGGAUUGCAGAACUAUAUCGGGGAGCCGGAGGAUCUGUGGAUAGAGGCACGAGGCGAUGAACAGGAAUUGGGCAAUCUGGCCUGGUGGGUGGAUGAGUACGGAUGA